AUGGCCACAUUGUUCCUCAUUCUACCAAUAAUUCUCCUAUUCCUACAUGUUCUUCAUCGCAGAAGAUAUUGUAGAACCCCUCUGUUGAUAGAUUGGCCAAUCCUUGGCAUGUUACGACAAAUCCUUAGCGACUUGUGGCAUAUCCAUGAUUUUGCAACAAAUGUUUUGAGACAAAAAGGAGGCACCGGUGAAUUCAUGGGGCCAUGGUUCACCAAAGUGAACUAUAUGGUGACUAGUGACCCCAUGAAUGUUCAUCACAUAAUGAGCAAAAGCUUUGACAACUAUGUCAAGGGCCCAGAGUUUCGCGAGAUCUUCCAAGCUUUUGGAGACGGUAUUGUGACUGCAGAUUCAGAGUCAUUGAGAUACCUUAGGACCAUGCAUCAUUUCUUGCUCCGGCAACAGAGUUUUGAGACGACGGUGGAGAAAACCUUUCAAGAGAAGGUUCAGAAUAGCUUGCUUCCGAUACUUGAUCAUGCAUGGUUACACGGAAAUGUUUUGGAUCUUCAAGACGUGUUUAGUCGAUUAAUGUUCGACGAGACAUGCAUCAUGGUUUUAGGAUAUGAUCCUAAGAGUCUCUCAAUUGAGUUUCCGUUGGUGGAAGUUGAGAAGGCUUUUGACGAAAUUGAGGAGUCCAUAUUCUAUAGACACAUAGUGCCAAGAAGUGUUUGGAAGUUUCAAGAGUGGCUUCAAAUUGGUGAGGAGAAGAAGAUGACAAAAGCAUGCAAAGUUUUUGACCGAUUUCUAUAUUCAUGCAUUGCAACUAAGCGCCAAGAGUUAAAUGAAUGCAACAAAAGUAGUGGUGAUGACUUGCUUAGUGCUAUCAUGAUGAUGGGUGAAGAAAAGGGCAAAAUGGUCCAUGAUGAUAAGUUUCUAAGAGAUGCCGUAUUCAAUCUUUUUGUAGCCGGGAGAGAUCCCAUAACUUCGGCUCUUACAUGGUUUUUUUGGCUCGUUGCAACACAUCCAUUAGUGGAGGCCAAGAUUCUUGAAGAAAUCGAAAAAGUUUUGGCGCAAAUGACGGGGAGAAACGCAAAGUUUUAG